UUCACCGAAAUAUUCAUCCAAACCUUCAAAAGUGAAGAGAAAAAUGUCUACUAAACGAGGCCAAAUGAUUAAGAUUUUAUUCGUGCUCCUAUUGGUGCAAGCACAGGGCACAUCAGCAUUUUUAUCAUGGUUUUUCGGGUCAAAACAAACAGAAAACUCUGGAUCAGCUGAUCCUCAGCAGAAUGAAAAUGAAGUUGUUGGCAGUUCGUUUAUGGCAGAGUUGCGGGCAAAGAAAAUGAAUUUCGAUGUUAAGACUACGGAUGAAAAGUUUAUUUCUGAUAUGACGGUGAAGGAAAUGAAGAGUCUGUCCCCAUUGGAUGGUUGUUAUCAUCAGGUGAUGACCAGACUAAGGAGAACAUGUAGCAACUUGAAUGAAGAACAAGUCUCCAAAAUCGCUGUCCAACUCCUCAACUGUCAACUGGAGACUGAGAAGAGACCCACCUUCACAUGCAAUGAUGACAUGACGCUGGCAGAGUGUACGAAGAGCAUGGAUCCCACGGUGUGGAACUCCUACCAGAUUGUCAGCAACCGAGCGCGGGCGGUGUGCUAUUCAAUCAGACAGCAGCAGUUCCGAUGGAAGAGCGAAAUGGCUGUCAAUCAGUUGAUGCACUCGACUGUUGAACAGCUCAAUGCAAUGAAAGAUCUCAAGGAUGGACAAGAGACAGUUGCUCAAGCCACCUCAAGUGUAUUGCGCAAGAUGUACGAGGGCCAACAAGACUUGAUGGUUGGGCACCAGUCGCUGAAGGAGGCCCACAGCGACGUGCAUCAAUAUGUAGCCGACAACCUCAAAGAGCUCACCAGAGAGAAGGCACUGAUUGCUACAGGGAAUAAGGAACUUGCUGAGCUGAUUGAUCAGAUUAGAACCAAAAUGGAUGAUGCAACUCACCAACUCUUGGAGCAGCAGGAAGACACGCAACAGAACCAUGAGGAGGUCCUGAAAGACCUGUCGGAAAUCAGAUCCAAGGCAAGAGAGGUCUGGGAGAAAAUAGAUAAAAGUAGCAGACAUGUUCUCCACUUCCAUAAUGAAACCACCGAGCAGUAUAAACGGACACUGGACAACCUCGAGAAGGUGAACAAUACCAUCAAUUACGUGCUGAGCUCGGUCAAUUCCAUGCAGUCUGGAAUUGACACCAAACUGAAGUGGUUGACAGAGCUCCUUGGAGGAACUGAUGAUAAACUUGCUUUCUUGUCUGUUGGAGCCAUCCACAUGGUCUACUUCCUCCUGGCCGCGCUGUCUGCUUCCUUCCUCCAGACUCCUUGGAUCACAAGACUUAUUGUCAUGAUUGUCGUUCCCCUCAAUGCCCUCUCUGAAAUCCGUCAGGGCGUCAGUCUAGACUUCAGUGCGAUGACGCUCUUCAUAUUGUUCUCAGGUGCAGCAAGUUGGUUCAGCCAGUACCUCGCCAGAGCAACAAGACCGCGACUACAUAUAGGUUUGAUCAAGCCAGGAGAUGACAUGGCCGCGCCAUCUACUCCCUACCGUGCUCCUCAUACAUCGCCAACUUCUCCUAUUUUCACUCAAAUGGUUCCCCCAGUGGUUGAGCAACCAGGACUGUCGGACUCAGACUUGAAAAAACUUGCCAGGACAUUGAAAGGUUACUUGAAAGAUAGUCGUGCCAGCAGUACCUGUGCGUCCACUCCCCUCAAUCUCAGUCGCAUCUCAACCGACUCGGCAAUCGGCACGCCAAACCAGUUGGAUGACACAACGUGCACUGACGCCUCGAAGUUGGAAAUUACGCAGGAUGUUCAUCUGCCAAAGGCGAAUGAGGUCAGCGGAGACAUGACCGAGAGUAUAUCGUGCCUGGAUGGGACAGAGGACUUGUCAACCUCGAGGAUGACUGAAGGCAACAUGACGCAGGAUGUACUGGAGAGGACCGAUAUUAUGGAUAUAAGGCCUGAACUUGACAUUGUGCGUCGUCAGUUAAUGCAGACUCUUACCGGGGGUGAACCACCCAGCCAUGCUAGCAGAUCAAGGAAUGUGAACAAGUCGCUGCCCUCAAGCCGCACCGCCACACCCACACGAAGCAGCCGCAAUGCUACACCCGUCCGUGGUCAGGGUAGUCGUAGCCAUACACCGGUCAGGUGUCAAACUCCAAUCAAUUCUUCAAGAGUCUCUAGUCGUCCUGGAACUCCCUCCAAACCUUUCUGCCAGGCCCUAACCAAUGCCGGGCAGCCGUGCAAGAAUCGCUGUACCAGUACGGAGAGUUACUGCCAUGUUCACAUCGUCAAAAACUCUGACAGCCGACCAACAAUUAAUCAAACGAGAAAUAUAUCUACCUUGAAUACGAGCAACCUUACCAAGAGCUUCACAACCUUGAACCAAGGUAGUUUUUCCAAGAGUACCUCUGGUUUGGAAACUACGCAAGAUUUCAACGAGACGGAGGUCAAUGUGACACAUUAGUGAUUGACAGUGGUGCUCCAUGUAUAUCAAAGUGAAGCUUUGAUGUUCAAAGGAAUUUACAUUAUGUAAACAAUUGAUGAUUUAUUAAGGAAGCGGUGUCAUGGCAACAAGCAAUGCUGUUGUUGUCAUGGCAAUGGCAGUACAUGUACAUGAAUUAGGCUGUUAGUGUUAGAUGUGCACUUCUUCAAAAUAACCUUUCUUUUAAACUUUGGUUCUAUUUUAUUUCAACAAAUCAUUGUUUUCACA